AGUUGCGCGGCCGAUGGUAUUGUAUUGAAUCCGUGGCCGCCAUGAACUCGGUGCUGAAGAAGAACUUGAUCCUCGCCGGUGCGCUCAGCACGUUUGCCAUCACUGUCUUCUCGUACACGGUCUCGCAGAUGUCCAAGGACGACUUUGACGGCUUGGAUACGGUCAAGGUCAACGUGCACGAGAGCGGCAUCAAGGCGACGGUCGUCAAGCCCAAGGACGAAAGCAACUAAGAACGCCCGCGAGCGACAGUGCACUUGCAUGUCCCUGUCAAAAUACAUACAAACGUACACCACACUGGAUCGAGCCAACUACAACGUCGAGUUGACGUGAUGCCUCA